AUGAAUGGCAGAGGUUUCCUGAUUUACAAUGGAGGUGAAAAGAUGAAACAAAAAAUGAUAAUAUAUGACACACCCGCAGGGCCUUAUCCGGCCCGAGUCCGCAUUGCCUUGGCUGAGAAGAACAUGCUAUCAAGUGUGCAAUUUGUGAGGAUCAACCUCUGGAAGGGAGAGCACAAGAAGCCUGAAUUUCUUGCCAAGAACUAUUCAGGCACAGUGCCAGUGCUUGAACUUGAUGACGGGACUUUAAUCGCUGAAUGCACAGCCAUUACUGAAUACAUUGAUGCACUUGAUGGUACACCCACUCUUACCGGCAAAACACCGCUGGAAAAAGGCGUAAUCCACAUGAUGAACAAACGCGCAGAGUUGGAACUGCUCGACCCUGUUAGUGUUUAUUUUCACCAUGCUACACCUGGAUUGGGGCCUGAAGUCGAGCUUUACCAAAACAAAGAGUGGGGACUUCGCCAGCGCGACAAAGCCCUACAUGGAAUGCAUUAUUUUGAUACCGUUCUCAGAGAACGCCCAUAUGUUGCUGGUGAUUCAUUCUCAAUGGCUGACAUCACAGUAAUAGCUGGUCUAAUAUUUGCUGCAAUUGUAAAACUACAAGUGCCGGAAGAGUGCGAGGCGCUUCGAGCUUGGUAUAAGAGAAUGCAACAGCGCCCCAGCGUGAAGAAACUGCUAGAAAUCCGUUCAAAAUCCUCGUAA